AUGAUCUGCGCAUGCGGUGUUCAAUUUAGCGUGGAUCACGCAAUGGUGUGUCAGCGCGGCGGAUUCAUUAGCCAGCGCCAUAACGAACUGCGCGACUUGGAAGCAGAGAUGUCAAGGAUGGUCUGUAAUGAUGUGGAAGUAGAGCCGGUCCUUCAGGAGGUCACUGGGGAGACAUUAAAUCAUGGCGCUAACAAAGCCCCUGAUGCCCGUUGGAUAUUCAUGCUCGAGGUUUUUGGGAGAGACAGAGAUCUCCAUUCUUCGACGUUCGGGUGUGUCACCCUAAUGCAGACUCUUACAGACUCUUCCUAA